GAAAAAUGCGGACGCUUAUUUUUUAAUGUUUAAGUUCGUAUAGAUUUCUAUAGAAGCAUCAAUAUUAUACAUAAACAUAAGUAUCUUCUCAAGUCAGUUUGUAUUUUCUAUUGGAAUAUUGCUCGUUUAUAGUGUAAAUCAUGGAUAUGCAUCCGACGAUGAUGCACUACAGGCCCUGGUUCCAACAGCAACAACAAAUGUUAAUGGAGCAAAACCCUUACUACCAGUAUGCGUUUAAUGAUCUCCAGGCCUAUUACUCUUCAAACGAUCAUCAAGAAGAAGAUAAUGACCAGACAGGAGAUGAAAUGCCUUCAGAAACAUCAGGCAAUCAAAGCCCUAAUGCAGAUAUGUUUCGUCUUCAGUUUGCUGCAUCUCAGUGGUCAAAAUUGGUUUUUAAUGCAGAAGGGCUGUUUAAUAAAUUAAUGUCAAAUAAUGCACUGCCUGCCAACGAGCAAAUUCUGUUGAAAAAUCAAAUUGAACAAUGGCUUUGUAUGAAACAAGAGUACGAAGAGUGCAUUGCUGCUGAUGAUUCCAGUAGUAUACAUGCUUAUACUGAAAACACUAGAAAAUCCUUGGAAAGAAUUGAAGAAGUAACUGAAACUGAUGAAAAGACUGAUGAAUCCAGCAAUUAUUAUAAUUUACAAUCCAAACGUAAAAGUUCUUUAGGUUCUGAGAGCAAAGACUCUGAGAUAAAAGACUCUGAGAGAAAAUACUCCGAUAGUAUAGAUUCUGAUGAAGAAGUUCAAAGUGAUCUUGAUGAAGAAAAUUCAGAUUUCCCUGAUAGAUUAGGUGAAUGUAUGGACAAGUUUGUAGAUGAAAUUGAUGAGAUUGUAAAUUCUAAGAAAAAUAAUUUUUCAAGAAUCAAAAACAUUUCUCCUGUGCCAAAGCCAGUUAUUAAUAGUAGUUUUUUGCCAAUCGUCAAACCGAUAACAUUAAGAAAUCCAUCAUCUAGAAGGACAUCUAUCUUACCAUAUUCAGAAAUGAGUAAUGAAUUAGCCGAGUUUCAGAAACAGAAUAUUGAUAUUAAUUUGCAACAAAAAGAUGAUUACAACAUGAGCCCUAUUGUUUCUCAGGAUUCUAUGGAAAAAAUUGACAGUCAAGAGAAACCAAGCAAAAGUUUUGAAGAAGAAUCUGCAUCGUUAAAAGCAAUCAUACAGGCACAAAAAAUAACAAUGGAUACUGAACACACUAAUGCAAUUAGAAUGUUGAUGAUCAGCAAUGAAGAAAAGCAAUCUCAAGUCAAGAAAAUGAAAUUUCAUUUGAAUCUUCUGUAUAAGCAGGUUGAAGAGCUACAAAAGACAAUUGAUGCUAAGGAAAAACUUCUUGAGGACAUGCUACAAUGCAGUGAGACUAGAAACAAUGCCAAGCAAAAGUUCCAGAAAAAGAGAAGUAAAAUUGAAGAAAAACGUCGUAAUGCUAAAGCAAAGUUAGAUAAUCUUCUUAUGCAAAAAGAUGCUGGAGAUAAAACAGCUGCUAAAGAAAUUGAAAAGUAUGAAAAUUUAUUGCUAGGUUAUAACAAAAAGCUAGACGAUACAAAAAUAAUUAAAGAAGUUGCUAGUAACUCAGCAAAGACAGUACUUUACUUGAAAAAUUCAUUGAGUGCUUUGUAUAAAGAAAUGGAAAAACUGAAACAAAGACUUCAGGGUGAAGAGGAGAAUAAAAAAACAUUAGAAGAUGGGAUUCUGGUAAAUAGAAUAAGGAUCAAAGAAAUGGAAAAAAACUAUAGUAUUGCGUCAUUGAAUGCAAAUGCAAUAUUUGAAAAUGAAGAGGAUAGAAAUCACUCAAGAUUAAAGAUUAAGACUGAUGAUAAAGAUAAUAUGUUGGUCGAACCAAAUGAGAGAAUUUCUCGCUUAAAUGAUUAUCUGAAAGAGAAAUUAGAAAUAGUAAGAGUGAAUAAUAUGGAUGACAAGGAAACUCUAAGGCAAGAAAUUCGAGAAUUGAGACAUUUAAAAGAUCAAAUGAUUGACAUUAAAUGUAGAUUUAACAAAUAUACCAAUCAAAGUAUGUUAGCAACAGAUGCAAUACAAUGGCAAUUAUUAGUAAUGAGUGAAUGCGUAGAAACUCUCGAUGCGAUGAUAGAACAAAAGAAUGUAAUGAUUUGUGGAAAAGCUAAUUACCAUGAUGAUAAAUAUAUUAAGCCUGAUGAUCAGAUGCUAAUCAGGAAUGGCCUUGAGAAAUUAUCUCAUGAGGAACUAGUGACCCUAUUUCAAAAAUAUUUUUAUAAAGUAAUUGAUCUCAAAGACAGCUGCGUCAAGCUUGAAAUACAAAUUGAUACAUUGGAAGCAGCUCUAAAGCAGCAAAAAAUGCAGAAUGACACAGCAAUAGUUAUGCUUCAAAGAUAUUAUGAAAGACAAAUAAAUCAUUUGUUAAAUUACUACGAUGAAGAAACAAGCAGUUCAAGUUACGAUAAUAAAUUGGAUAAAAACAGAGAUUUUGAAAGAUUGGUAAAAGAAAAUCAGGUCCUAAGAAGAAGACUGGCACAUUUUGAUUCUCUUCUUAAAGCCUCAGCAACAGCACAGGCUGUUCAUUCUAAUCCUGUUAGAAAUACAAAAAGAGUGAUAAAACCAGAGUUGAUGCAGAUAGCAUUACCUUCCAAACCUAAUAAAGUUACUCGUCAAAAAAACAAGUUAAUCAUUCAAAAAGAAAAAUAAUCUCUUGUAUCAUCGCUGUUCAUAAUAUUCAACAGCAAUAUCACAGCUAUACAGUGAAAAACAGGAAGUGUAUUGGAAUUAUAUUAUUAAUCGUGUUAUGAAGAUGAGGACUUUUUUGUGAACAGUUUUAAUUUAUUAGAAAAUACGUUUAAAAUUGUAGUGUAUUAUGAUAGUUUUAGACUUGCAAGUAAACCAGAUGAUGAACUCUUAUAUACACCAUGACAUUUACUUUUUUAUGUAUAGGGAUCUUUUUUGACUAUUUGUACAUAUUUGUGAUUAGCAGUAUUAUAAUUGAGUUUUUAUUUUGUAGCUUUUGUACAGUAUAGUUUGUAUAGUUUUUCUAGUGUCUUACAAAUAAGUUUUUGCAUGAAUAUAUUUCUACUUUAUUUCAGUAGGCAGUACUGAUUCUUUGGCUUGAAUACUUACAAUUUCUCAUUGAAUUCGUGGUAAUAAACAUACAUGUGAUUGUUAGUAGUUGCGAGUGUUAUCUAUCGAAGUAAAGAUUAAAUCGCUAUAGAAUAUAUUUAUUUGCAAAUCCUCGUCUUGCCACGUAAAAGAUUGUUCAAAAGUAAUAGUGAUGAGUUAAAUAUAUGCGCAUAUAUCAACUAUAUUCGAUGUUACAAUUUACUUUUAUAAAUUUUUUAAAAAAUAUGUAAGGUUAUUGGCCAUCUAUAUAAAUAAAAAUAUACUUUCAAUCGGUGUAUUGAUGAAUUUUAAAAAA